CGCUCACUUUCGCUGACGACGACGCGCUCGGUGUGCACGCGCGCGGCCUGCACCAGCAGUUCGCUGUGCACCGCGCGGUUUUUCAUCUUGUCAGUCAGUCAGUCAGUCUUCCUGCUCCCACGAGAGCGGAGCCGAUCGGCCGAUUUUCCGCGUUUUUCCGAUCGCACGGUUUCCCACGACGGGGUACACGACGAUGUUACCGGGGUCGAUCAAGUGCCGUGCGGCAAGACGAGUUCUCACGAUAACGAUAUGCAUCGUCCUCCAAGUGAUGGUGCACGCUUCGCCGACCGAGCCCUUGCCCUCCAUCCUUCUGGACGGCAUCGGUAACGUCGCCAACUCCGCAACGAACUUCCUAACGGGAGUCAUGCAACGGCAAAAAGAAUUGUUGCAUCGCGUUACGGAUACUGCCACGGACUACAGUAUGUUAACCAGCGCGGUGGAGAGGCCGAGAAAUUUAUUGAUCAACGCCACCAGGGCGACGACCGGAUACAUUGACAGCGCGGCGUCAAGGGGCCUCGAGUUCAAGCUGAGAAGAUUCCUGGAAAAAUUCCGCGUCCGAAUGCGCAACGGCAUACCGGAACUGGGUAUACCACCGUUGGAGCCGUUCACGCUCGACGAGAUCGUCAUCGACACGGACAAUCCGGAAAUAGGGAAAGUGCACCUGCUGAUCGAGAGCCUAGAAGUGAGGAAGUUGUCGACUUUCCUGAUCGAUCGCGCUAAGCUGUCGCUGAUCGGCCCUACCAUCGCGAUCAACAUCUCCAUUCCCGAGAUUUACGCGACGGGCCAUUACAACAUAUCCGGUGUACUGGGCGACACGUAUCAGCUACACGGCGCGGGUCCUUUCCAAACGACCGUGCGCGACUUCCGCGCUUACGCGAACACCGCGCUCGGCUACAACAGAGGAAUGUACACGAAGAGCUUCGUCCUCGAUUUUUCUCUGCGCGCGAUUAAGAUACACCUGGAGGACUUCAUGGGCGGCGAGGACAUCGGCAAGAUUAUGAGCAAGGUCUUCGAGGAGCUGACACCGGAGGCAUUAGACAUCAUCAAGCCAGACAUACUGCCGAUAAUACAGGAUUACGUGUCUAGCCACGUGAACGAGACGAUUCGCCACUUGACAAUGAGGGACAUUUUUCACGUUCUUUUAGGCGAGUACGAGAUCGGUGAUAUCACGCAUUUAUUGAUACCAUGAAGAGAGGCGAACAAACAGCCACAUCGGAUUGCCCAAUCAACGGAAUAACGAGCUUAGCGUGACAAUGCCUGAAGAUGACUUCGUCGCGGUCGAAAAUGCGACGGAUCACACACGAUCGGAGCCGAAGGUACAAAACGUUGUGCCUAAACGUUGCGAUCGAACGAACGAUAAUCGUAAUACUCGCGACUAAGUCGAGCCGAUUUUACGAAGUAAGCUUCGUAUUUCGUAAUCGUGCGACAACGAUUCGAGAAUCCCGCGAAGUAUCUCACUCGAUGCUCGCUUCCGACGACCCACACUGUGCCCUCUUGCCGGAGGGACGAUCGUUAGGUGUGAAUUGUCGAUUUGUUUGUUCCUCCUAAGACGCGACCGUCUAAAUCAGUUAUUUCCGAUAGAGCCCGGUUUGUUUAUUAAAGAGCGCCUAGAAAAUUUCCGGUGAGAUACCAGUUUUUAUACAUGUGUAUAUAGAAGUAUCGAUAUAAUAUAAUAAUAUUAUUAAUAUAAUAAUAUAUAUUUUGAAAUAUUAUUCUACAUUAUAUGUCGAAAUUAUUUCUCUUUUUCACGAUAUCAAUAUAUUAAAAGCAAUACAAAUUUAUACGCAUCCUAGUAAGUACAGAACGUU